CAUGCGCUUCUCCGAUUGAAUCUAGAUAACGAAACACUCGCUGGCCGACAUGACUUCUCUCGCCUUGGGGCAGCUGCCCUCGCUGUGGCGACAGCACCUACUAUCGGAAUUUGCCGGUUUGAAGCAAGCCUGCCCUGAAGGUGUAUUCGUCAGCUUGACCCCUGGCGAUCCUUCUCUGUGGUCGGCAGUUCUUUUCGUCCGCCACGGCCCAUAUGCCCCAGCUGUUCUUCGGUUUCAAAUCCUAUUCCCCGAUGCCUAUCCUCGAGCGCCGCCUCUGGUUACCUUUUCGACCGACAUCUUCCACCCUCUCAUCACCCCCCUGACGACGCACAUGUACCCCACGGGUGGUGAGAACGAUGGGAGCACUACCGAGAGGCCGAAGCUACCUCCUGGAGGCUUCAGCCUAGAGCACGGCUUUCCGGAGUGGUUCGGCGGCUCUCGGAGGCGCGCGGGCGGAAGCCGUCAAGGCAGUCGUGAGCGAAGAGGCGUAUCGCCGUCGGCAGCGUCUACAAAGUCAGCAAAGUCUGCGAGCAGCAAGUCGCCGCCGGUGCCGCCGAAAGAUGUCCCCCCCAAAGAUGCUCCGCCAAAAGAGAUCCCGCGGUACAUGCAGACAGACCGAAAGACCAUUUCGACAUACUCCUUGUUAAAGUAUAUUCGAAGCACGUUUGACAAAGCCGAAGUCCUCGACACCGUCCCUCUUUCUGCUGCUGGGAACCCGGGCGCUUGGCAUGCGUGGCGUACUCAUAGACGCAAGGAAGGAAAGGUGUUUGAUGAGAAAAAGGGUCACAGGCUGAGCAGGCUGAGCAGGCUCAGUAUCAUUGAUGGAUUGCCCAAGCCAGCUAGCAGCGAGCAGGGCGAUGCCGCAGCAUCCGAUGCCAAGAGUAUAGGCUCUGUGUCCACCACUCGGGAGCCUGGAGACUGGAAUUGGGAUGGCGUCUGGGAAGACAGGGUGAAGAAGGGUGUAGCAUCUACCCUGACCGAGUCGGUGCUAUAUGGUGCCUCUGGGAUUUCCGACGAUAUGAUUCAUUUCCUGGCGCUGGAAGAGGGAACCAUCGAAGCGGUCAAAGGCAAUCUCCGCCGAACACUGGAUGCCUCGGCAUGACCUCGUC